CGCCCGAACUUGCCAGCCAGUGCGCAGUAUUCUUUCUCUUCGGGUUCAUCACUGGAGUCAGACGCGGUCGUACGUACGGUCGUAGUAAUCGCGCUAAAGAAAAGUAGUGAUUUUUAAGUAUCUCUAGUUUAGUGGGAAAAAGUAGUUUUUUCCGCGUUUUUAAUUCCAUUAGUUCUCCCGGAGAAAAAAGUGUUUUAUUUUAAAGAGUUUAACGAUUUCUCAAGGCUUCAGAAGCUUGGAUAGUAGUGCUGCUAGUAAGAGAAAAAAAACAGGAAAAACCUUCAGAUCAAAAAUGGCCGAUAAUCAAGACCAGGAAAUGAACGGCAACGGCCAGGAGUGCGAACAGAACGGUGCCGACCAGAAGCAGCCGGAAAACGGUGCGGAAAGUGCACCGGCGGUUCGCGAUGACGACAGAAAAUUAUUCGUUGGUGGACUUAGUUGGGAAACAUCAGACAAGGAAUUGAAAGAACACUUUGGCCAGUAUGGCGAGAUUGAGAGCAUAAACGUCAAGACUGAUCCCAACACCGGUCGCUCGCGUGGAUUCGCCUUCAUUGUGUACAAAAGUGCCGACUCGAUCGACAAAGUCGUGGCAGCUGGCGACCACGUCAUCAACAAUAAGAAGGUUGACCCGAAGAAAGCUAAGGCCCGGCAUGGCAAGAUCUUCGUUGGCGGUCUGACCACCGAGAUCAGCGAUGACGAGAUCAAGACAUUCUUCUCCCAGUUUGGCAACAUUGUCGAUGUUGAAAUGCCCUUCGACAAGCAAAAGAAUCAGCGGAAAGGAUUCUGCUUCAUCACAUUCGAUUCCGAGCAGGUCGUGAAUGAGCUGCUCAAGACGCCCAAGCAGACCAUUUCCGGCAAGGAGGUGGACGUAAAGAAGGCCACCCCGAAACCAGACAACAUGCAGAUGAGCGGUCCAAUGGGAGGCCGAGGAGGCAUGCGUGGCCCACCGCCACGGGGCAUGCGAGGUGGACGCGGGGGACCUGGUGGCCCCAAAGGUUACGGACAAGGCUGGGGCGGACAAGGAUACGGCGGAGGCGGCUACGGCCAGGGCGGAUACGGUGGAUACGGUGACUAUUAUGGUGGCGAUUGGGGAUGGGGCUACAACGGUUAUGAUUACUCCCACUACGACGACUAUUAUGGAGGUUACAGCGAUGGCUACGGAAUGAACGGCGGUCGACCGGUUGGUCCUCGUGGGGGUAAAGGAACCGGAGGUUAUCAGGGAGGCAAGCAGCGAGGUGGAGGCGGCGGUGGCAACCGCCAGCCCAGGCAUACGCCGUACUAAAUCCUACGGAUUCACUCAGACGUAUACCCCCUGCCCCGCCCAUUUUUAAUUAUAUCAUAGCGUAGUAGUUUAGCACACACCUUCCACCCUCUGAAAAAAGCAAAAAACAUCCAACAAAACAAACACUUGAGGAGAAGAGAGCAGAGUUAGUUGUUAAGUCCUGUAAUAAUUCCUAUCUCGAGGUUCCAGAAGAACAAUCGAUAGAGCGGUGAGUUAAAAGGAAGAACAAGACGAACUUUACAAGGAGAGGCACUAUCUCACACACUAAAGGAUUUCUUAGUAUCCGGAUACUUCCAAAUGUUUCAACAAAACAAAAAACACAGUCCCAAGUGAGGAAGGAAGAACGCGCAGUGAAAGUUCGAUUUUUAUUUACUUUCCACUCUACAUUGAAGCAGCAGCAGCAGCACAUAUUAAAGUAACUAAUGAUAGUCUACAGUUUAACUCUUACUUGAUUACAAAACAUAGAGUCUUGCAAUUUUUUUUUCGAAACAUUGAGAGAAUUUGUGAACCGCCAGAGAUUAUUGUUUUUUGCUUGUCGCAAAUUGGAAUAAAUUGUACCCCGUGAAAAGAAGGCACUCCUCCCGUACCCUCGAACCUUUGUCUCACUCUAUAAUUAAACAAACAAACAAAAAAAAAACAUUAAACUUACUAAAAAUCGACUGAUCGUCCCCAGAAUGAUGAUGAUGAUGACGGAUGAUGAUUCACUUAAAAAAAAGGCACUAGGCAUUAUUUAUUUAAUACAGUAUUAAAGUAUACUGUACCUCAUGUUUCAACUGGAAGAGAACGAGAAGAAUAAAUCAUUUAAAAUACACACAA